AUGGUGCACUACGAGGUCGUUUCCUGUGCCGAGCUCGGGGGCGCUUUGGUCCGCGAGGGCAAGAGCCUGACCUCCCAGCAGCUGGCCCGACUUGGCAUAGGCGCUGUGGUGUCGGAGCUGGAGCGCGUUGGAGAGCGUCUGCGAUUCAAGAAAGUGUCAGGUUCUGGUCCCGAAAGCGGAUGGGUUAGUGCAAAGCUGCUCUCCAAGUGUGACGCUGGUAAGGCAGCGCCUCAGAAGUACCAGGGAAAGAGUCUGCUGGCCCAAGCAGAGGCGAAGAUACUGGAAAAAGGCGUUCCCCAGUGUUUGAAAGAGGCUGGCAAGGAUGGACCUGGCCGCAUUCUGGCCUCCAUGGCCCACCUCGCGGAUGGCAAAACCACUCAGGCGGCAGAAGCUGCAAAGGAAGCACAGGCUACACUGAAAGGCAACAAGGAGGGCGAGGCCUCAGCCACCUUGGCCCUGGCUUUGGCAGAGCUUUCUACGGAGCCCAAAGUCGCGGUGGGACAUGCGAUGGCAGCCCUGAGCGCCUACAAGGAGGUGGGUGACAAGCAGAUGGAGGCUUCCACGCUGACAGCCAUGGCCAACGCACGGCUCUACCUGAAAGAGCUCAGCGUGGGCGAGGCGGCAGCAAAGGAUGCCCUGCGGCUCUUCCGCGAGAUAGGUGAUACUGAUGGAGAAGAAGCAGCUCAGAUCACGCUCUUGGAUAUCCUUUGUGCGAAAGACGGCCCAGCCGCUGGAGCUGCGACCGUCAGCAAGGAACAACUUGCUUACUACAAAGCCAAGGGAGACAAGCUUGGGGAGGGAAGGGCCUUGCAGAAGCUGGCCAUGAGCAGUGCCAAGGACGAGGCAGCUAAGUACGCCAAAGAUGCGGCCGCACUCUUCGUGCAGGCCGGUGACAAGAAGGCACAGGCAGCAGCUCUUCAAACGGCUGCGUUGGCACAGAGCACUGAUCGAGUCUCUGCCGCAGAAGAGGCACUAAAAAUCAGCAAGUCUAUCGGCGAUGAAGCCGGUCAGGUGGAUUUACUCAUUGGCCUCAGCGCGGUGCUGAGCGGAGAGGCGGCACUGGCGCGGGCGCAGGAGGCACAAGCCUUGGCCAAAAAGCUUGGGGACAGGUCCGGUGAAGCACGAGCAAAGCAUGCGGCUGCCGUUGCCACCCUGAAGUUGGAGAAGUCUUCAGAGGCUUUGGAGCUUGCCAAGGAGGCUGCCAGCAUUUUAGGUGAGGAAAAAGACACCAUUUCGCAAGCAUGCGCGCUGAGAACGGCUGCGUCUGCAGCCAGCGCAGCAGAAGCUUGCGAGCUGCUUCGCGAGGCCGUUUCGCUUUCGGCGGGCAGCGGUGACCGGAGAGCGGAGGCUGCUGCAAAGCUUCAGCUUGCCGCUGCACUUCUGGCUUUUGAAGGCCCCUUGGUGAGCAUCUUUCAAAACCGAACGGAAGCAGCCGCCGUGGCCGAGCAAGCUCGGGUGGCCUUCCUUCUCUUGGGCGACAAGAGGAGUCAGGGCCGCGCAUCGCAUCUUGCCGCACAAAGCAAGAUUCUCCUGGAUGAUUUCGACGGAGGAGUGGAAGCUGCCAUGCAGGCAGCGGUUCUUGGGCGCAGCUGUGGCGACCGAUGGCUGGAGGCUUGCGCCAUGCGAACGGCAGUGGCUGGCCAGGUCUCGAAGGGCUGCCAUGCAGAGGCCUUGCGAAUGGCCAAGGAAGUCAAGUCCCUCUUCCAUAAGCUUGGGUCUUCGAACAUAGAGGAAGCCAUGGAUUCACUCAUCCAGCAGCUGGAGGAGGUGCUGCCGAAGAUCCAUCCAAAUCCUCGUGUGUCCGUUCUGCCAGGGCCUUAG